GGCCACAAAGUCUCAUAAAUUACCUUGCUGUCAAAACCGAUUAAAAAACCCAGAAAAAGCAAAUAAAGGAUUCUCUCUUCGGCUUAAUUUUGCUCAAAACAAGUACGUGAAUCUUCAUAUGAAUAGCGAGCAUAAACUAAAUUGCCGACAAAUUCACCGAAAUUAGUCUGAACUAAAGAUUAACUAUAAAUAUAACUUGUGCUUCGAAAACGCCGGGAAGACUUGAAAAACACUUCAAAACGUAUACAGUUGUUGGAUUCAAGUUAUAGGUAUGGUUUUCAUAUAUAAUUCAAUAAAUGCGAAAUGUGCAAACACAUGCAACAGAUUAUGCCAGUUUAUAUAGGUAAUGCUGUAGGGAUCUAUAUAACAAUUAACUACCUCAAACAUACAAGCCAUGCAAGGGCAAGAAGAACUUCGACGUUGUAUCAUAUUUCAUAGAUUUGGUCUCUUGCACUUCACUUGGUGGAAUUAAUAUUAGAAUGUUACGGUUUGUAAUCCAAGUGAGUAUAUAUACAUUUUAAGACCUAACCAGUACAAAAUCGCAGGGUCAUAGGUUCAAUUCCUACCUGAGGACCUUGUGCUGCAUUUUUCGCAGUCGUUCCUGGUUAGGUCUUAAAAUGUAUAUAUAGUAUAUACUCACUUGGAUUACAAACCCUAACAUUCUAAUAUCAUAUUUCAUACUUGUAUCCCUAUAUCAAUCUCGGCAACUUUCUUAUAGCAAACAAACCUAUAAAACUAUAAACCUGUAAAUGCCAAAUGACUGGUAGAUUUAGAAUUUGGUAUAGUAUAGAAAUGAGUGUUCCAACUAUGUUUUUAAUAUGACAUAUGCGUAUUUGCAGUGAAAAACUCAAAACCUAUUAAAAAUCUUUUUGGAGUUCUUAUCAAAAUUACUUUAUUUUAGCUUUAUUUUGUAGUUCACACACAGUUACCUAUACCCUCUUAAAUGUAUCUGGCGGUUGAGAAACACAAAAUAAUAGUUAAAUAUUGUCAAUUUAAAUACAAUUAUCAUAUUGUCGUUGAUGCUGUAAAAUUGACGCCGUAUUUAUGCCGAGUAUGAAGAGAUCCGACAGAUGGUUCUUGAUGACAAAACGUUUGGUGUGGUGUUGUAUGUACUAAUCCACACCUUUCAACGUGUCUCCCAAUGUCUCGCUGUUUAGGGAUGCUCAGACUUGUUGGAACAACCUUGCAACAUGUCUGAUAAUUAAUUAAUAUCAACAAGGCAUAUUUGUUGACAACUUAGCUUGGGACAAGUACUGCGAGCACAACUUGUUGACGGCUUGUUGACAGAGUUGCUACAAGAUGCGAGAUUUUUGCGUGUGUAUAACAAAUUCCCAAACUUCCGCUAUAGAACCAACAGUUUCAAGAUGUACAAUCAGGGAUCGGAUCAAGAGAAAAUCGAUAUAAGCUCUGAAAUUGCUCCAACGUCCCCACCUGGGUACCCAGCACUCCAACAACAGCCAAGUGAUGGUGGCUUCUACCCCCCCUCCACAGCCAAGUGGGGGUGCCUACCCUUCUCCACAGCCAAGUGGGGGUGGCUAUCCACCUCCAGGUGCCUACCCCUCAUAUCCCGUCCAGCAACAACCAACAAGCACCAUGCACAACAUGACGAAUACAACAGUUGUAAUACAACAGCAACCUGCAGCGGUGAUUGUCCAGGGACCACGAGACUGGAGCACUGGAAUGUGUGCUUGUUUUGACGACUGUGGAGUUUGUAAGUCAGGGGGGAGAGGGACGGGUCAAAAGGGGGAUGUCGGCAAACUCUGAACUAUCAAAAGACCAUAGAUAUCUUAUAUACACUAGAUAGCGCAUCUCUUUUAGUAAAAUUAAAGCCAAGAAUAUUCCAGCGGUUACCUCCAUUUGAAUAGAUGGCGGCCAUGUUGAAGUUUCCCACUUGCUAAUAAACGCUUAAAAAACAACAAUAACUUUCAUCAUUUGAACAGUUUGAAAAUGUAUUUGGAAUGGGUUUAACUUAAUGUUUAAGUUCCCUGUUUAAGAAAUAGAAAACAUGCGAAUCUUCUCAUUUCAUGGGAAUAUCCUGAGUCUGCAAUCACGGCUUCAAUGUUUGAAUUUCAGAAUAAUUAGAUGCACUAUCUAGUGUAUAUAAGAUAUCUAUGCUCUGAACUAUCAAAAGACCAAACAAAAUUGCAUCAUAGUAGAAGUGCCACGUCUGUUCUUCCGUUCCCCCCCAGAAAAAAUUCCCCAGCCCAUCUUGCAACCAUUCCCCAUUACGUCUUCUCUUCCAGUGCUGAGGUGAAUUAAUGUUAGAAAGAGUAAAUUUGUCUGCUGUUAGACAGACUGUAAAAUAAUCUGGCAUUAGACAGUAAAAUUAUGAAGUAGGGCGCAUUGCCUGGGGCGUAAUGCGACUCAAUGGGUUAAUCACAUGAUACAGGUAGGAAAUUUGAAAUGUACAGAAACCUUUGUCAAGGAGAGAGCCUCAGAACCAUUGACACAGGGGGCAAAAAAUAAUCAUCUUAAUCGUACCCAAAUGUAAGAUUUGUACAUAUAUUCUGAUAACUGAAUUGUCUGCUGCAUGAAGCUACUGCUAAGUGAAACUUGCUACACGAACAGCCUCAACCUUCUACAUAAUGUCGUACUAGUUCCCAUAAGUUCGAUUUUGAUUUUUAGGUCUGCUUGGCCUGUGCUGCCCGUGUAUUCUUCUAUGCACCGUGAGUAGCAAUGCUGGUGAGUGUUGCUGUGUCGCAGCCUUGUGUCCAAUUGCCCUGAGAACCAAGAUCAGGACAAGACAUAACAUUGCGGUAAGUGAUGGCUCUUUCCCGUCUCUAUAUAGCAGUCUCGUACCCUCAGCUGCUUUGAAUUGCUAUGUGUUGCGUCACACCAACAACGGCGUGGCACGCUAAAGCACCUGGGUAUAUUAAGCUGGGUCCUCUAGGCAGAGCAGUUUAGAACUGAUAUAGCUAUGUAGUAUAAAUAAAACUGGUUUAGGUUUCCACCUGUAGUCUGCUUACAUUUAGACCAGUGAGAGUGAUGGGUUGUACUAGUGUUCUAGGGAGAACGGUUUAGAUCCAGUAUAAAUAUAGUUAGUUAAUUAUUUCAUUGUUUAUUUCGACAGGGAAGUAUUGUGGGGGACUAUUAUGCACUGCAAUGCUGUGGGCUCUGUGCAAUGUGUCAAAUGGCAAGAGAACUCAACCUCCAUGGAAUUUAACCAUCAAAUAUAAACGACAAACUUUUUAUCUUUUAAAUUUUUUUGUAAUGGAACAUCAAGUAUUGUUUAUAAUCUAAAAUUGUAAGUACUAGUUAAAACAUGAGCAGCCGAACUUUAUCUGAUAUACAAACUCGAGAGAGUUUGUUUUUUAGAUAAAGAUCGGAUGCGAAUGUUUAAUAUGCUUAAAAAUCAAAGCUGAAGUUUAUGAAAAUUAAGUCAAAUCUUUAUCCGAUUUACAAACAUUGAUUAAACAUUAAUUUAUUUUGUAUUUACUUGAAUUAUUAAUAAGUUUUUUAAUUGUUGAUAAGAUAAUUUGUUGUGCCCAUAUCAAAUGGUGAAACCAACAAACAAACAAAUGUAUGUAUGUCAAAUUUCAUUUGUGAGACUUGCCAGAGAAUAUUUUUUCUGUAUUCAAGAAACUUUUCAGAAGCUUUGCAGAACACCAUUUUGGAACAUUUGUAUAUUGUUCUAAAACUAUUAGAAUGUUUGUUUGUUACAUUGUGGCAUGGGACGUUUGUGACAUUUUGACUUUUCAACAAUUUCAGCCAGUUGAUUCUCCCCAAUGUAGAGUACAAAGAUGUUGGCCAUCAAUUUUACACAACGUAUAAGCGCACAAGUUGUAACAAAGCUACAGCAGAUUUGUAGCAAUGCUGUUCCAACAACUUGUCAACAGGAUGUGUUCGCACUGCUUAAUUCCCAGUUUGUUGACAAGUUCUCAACGACUUGUUGACAACCUGUUACAAGGCUAGGUUGUUGAGCUCAACAGACUUGUCACAAGUUGUUUAAACAACGUGCUAUCGUCCUGCAAUUCAACAAUUUGUCAACAAGUUGUGAGUGACAACCUUGUAGCAACUUGAUAAAAUAACAGCGUUGUUACAACUUGUUGACAAGCUUGCUACAAGCCUGUUGCGAACACAUCUUGUUGACAAGUUGUAAGAUUUUUGCACGUGUAACAAAUAAUCACCUCGGUAUCAUACUGCAUACAUAAGUCAAAUAUGGCUCGAAAAGUCCGUAAUCCCUCCACGUAGAGGCAUAAUAAUCAUGCGCAAUUUAUACGCAAUGCGAGCAGCACUUCAAGCUGAAAUGUCAUGACUUUGGAAUUCUUGGCCACUGGAGCACAAAGUCAAAAUCUAUGCAAUCACCAAACAUUAUAAUAAAGGGUUAUUAACCGAGAGCGAGGUCUGUACGGGAAAGUAUUUGCCAGAUGUUUUCGUAUUUAAGGUAUAUUUCGUAUUUAAGAUAUUAAAGUAUUUGCCAGAUAAACCGAAGGCAAAUACUCUCCCGUACAGACCGAACAAAACGAGGUUAAUAAACCGUUUAUUAUAUGGCUCCUUAAACACAUUUUCUGAUUUUCAUAUAUUUGUUUGAGCGCUAUAAAGGUAUUUUGAGCGAGCUAUGUUUUAUUUGCUAGUUUUCUUCGUUUAGAUUUGGUUUUGUCACCGAAUAUUGUUUACGGAAAAGCAUGUUUAACAAUCGCUUUAGAACUACUUUUUCGGUAACCCCCACCCCCAGAAAAAAUGCUUAUAAACCCAGUUUAUAUGAUAUUUUUUUAGAAUAUGGUAUUAAAGAUUACUUCUUCCAAGACUUCUUAUUAUCAAAAAUGAUCCAAGGAUACAUUUUCUUCACAUAACGACCUUAUAAACGUGUAAAAACGUUUCAAAUUCGAGUCUGUCAAAUUGACAUACGGGAAACCUGUCCGGAUACGGGAAAAUACGGACCACAGACCACAGUCCUGAAACGCAUUUUACGGACCGCACGUAUAUAAUAUUAAAUUUGCCAUAUUUAAUAUGCGUAUAUAAUAAUUUGCCAUAUAAUAAUUUGCAAUAUUUAAUUUUAAAUCUAAUUAUCUCCCUUCGACAACGGGUGGAAGCAACUAUAGUAAUUUUAUACGAAGUUUGUUUUAAUUUGAUGUUAAGGUUUUUGUCUAAUUAUAAUCAAACGUGACUCGUCAGUUGGGAAACAAAAUUGAAUUUUUAAAACUGAGUUUUUAAAAUUGAGUUUUUGUCCCCAAAUUGUUUUGAAGCACUAUCUCUUAUUAUUGUAAAACUGAGUAAAAACAUUUCUUUUCAUAUGUUUUUGCUAAAAAUAAUUAGCAUAACUUUUUAUGAAACGAACGUGCAACUUUUGUCAUGCAAAGUGACUGAAAAUGCAAAUAACAUUGCCAUAUUGCUGUCAAAAAUAAUUAAAAAACCCAGAAAAAACAAAUAAGGGAUUCUCUCUUCGGCUUAUUAAUUUUCAUAUGAAUAGCGAAACCAAGUUACCGAGAAAUUCACCGAAAUUAGUCUAAAGAUUAACUAUAUCGGUAUAAAUGUAACUUGUGGAAAUUUUAUACGACUCGAAAACGCCGGGAGGACUUGAAAAACACUUCAAAACAAAUUACACAGUUAUUGGAUUCAUAAGUUAUAAUAUAGGUAUGGUUUUAAUUUCAUACUCAUAAAUAAAUGCGAAAUGUGCAAACAAAUUAACGGUUUGUGCCAGUGACAGUGUUGGUACUGCUAAUAACAAGAAAGUUUUAUGUUUGUGAUGUUACUCUGAGUGUAUAUCCACACCGGGCAGGCUUGAAAAAUAUGCCUGCAUAUUUCGUUCGAUUCCCAUGCACUGAUUAGGUUCGCCCAUUCCCACCGUGGCCAGCCAUUUUCAAGUCUGUCCGGUGUGGAUAUACACUCAGAGUAACAUCACAAGCAUCUUAUUCACCUGAGUACAUUACACCAACACAUAAAAUAUCAAGAAAGUUUUAGAUUGAUAGGGAUAACAACUAGCCUACCUGAAAAAUACAAGGAGAGCUUCGACGUUUCGAGCGAAGGCCGUUCGUCAGGUAUAGUUGUAUCCCUAUAAGCUAAGCUAUAUCGAUCAGAAUCUGUAGCUUUCUUAUAGCAAACAUGCCUAUAAAACUAUAAGCCUGCAGUACGUAAAUGCCAAGUGACUGCAUGGUAGGUUUAGAAUUUCGUAUAGAAUAUAGAAUAUAGACUAGAGACAGUAUAGUAUAGUAUAGACUAUAGUAUAGUAUAGCAUAGAAAUAUAUGUUUUUAACAGUAAAUCAAGUGAAGAGGUAAUCUUUUUCAAUGACAAUGUCGCGUAUUUGUAAUGUCAAUGAAAAGUGUUCAAAACCUAUUAAAAGUCUUUUUGGAAUUCCUAUCAAAAUUACUUUGUUUUAGCUUUAUUUUGUAGUUUAUAUACACAGUUAUGUAGCUAUACCCUCUUAAAUGUAUCUGGCGGUUGAGAAACACAAAAUAAUAGUUAAAUAUUGUCAAUUUAUAUACAAUUAUCACAUUGAUGCUGUAAAAUUGACACCGUAUUGGCGUAUUUAAUAGGCUGAGUUCUUGGUGACAAAACGUUUGGUGUGGUGUCGUAUAUACUAAUAGGGGUGUCGUACUUUUCCACCCCUUUCAACGUGUCUUCCAAUGACAAUGCCUCGCUGUUUAGGAAUGCUCGGACUUGUUGGAACAAUCUUGAAACAAGCCUGAUAAGAUCAACACGGUCACAGGGCAUUUUUAACAUAUAGACUGGGGCCAUGCAACCCCCAUGUUGGCCUCCUCCCCCAGUUAACUAUUUUGGACACCCAAGUCAAAAUCAUAUUUUGAAAAGAUAUUGAGAAAAAUUUUAAAAUGAGGAAUAAUUUAGUUCAAAGAAUGUAUUAGCAGUUAUUCUCAUUCAGUUUAGUGUAUUUUCCAGUUUACGAAAACUACUGGGAAAAAAAAUUUGAUAUUACAUUGCGUUUAUAAUGGACAUUAGUUCCUUUCAGCUCACAUAUUGACGCACAUGUUGUACAUUUAAUGCCGUUUUGAUACUACUUUUGGUAAAUAAAGUUUGUGUAGCUCUUUCGUGCGUUUUCCUUAUUUUUAUCUGAACAUCAUGAACAUCAGAAGAAAUGAAAAAUGCAGGAAAUAGCGUUUCCAGACUACAGAUUUCAAAAAUGUUCCGGGGGACAUGCCCGUAAACCCCCCACCCCUAGGCACGCGUGGCCACGAACGGCAUAUAUCCAACUUCGCUCCGCCGGUGGGAGGUCGCUUGUUGCCAAUGCCCCCCCCCCCCUCGAAAAUCCUUAAAAAAUGCCCGUCAAGGUUGUCACAACUGUUAAAAAAUUGUUCCAUAUUUGUUGACAACUUGGGACAAGCAGUGCGAGCACAACGUAUUGACGGCUCGUUGACAGAGUUGCUAAUUGUUGUGAGAUUUUUGCGUGUGUAUAACAAAUUCCCAAACUUCCGCUAUAGAACCAGCAGUUUCAAGAUGUACAAUCAGGGAUCGGAUCAAGAGAAGAUUGACAUAAGCUCUGGAAUUGCUCCAACGUCCCCACCUGGACACCCCGCACUCCAACAACAGCCAAAUGAGGGUGGCUUCUACCCCCCUCCACAGCCAAGUGGAGGUGCCUACCCCCCUCCACAGCCAAAUGGGGGUGCCUACCCCCUUCCAGGUGCCUACCCCUCAUUUCCCGUCCAGCAACAACCAACAAACACCGUGCACAACACGAAUACAACAGUUGUAAUACAACAGCAACCUGCAGCGGUGAUUGUCCAAGGACCACGAGGAUGGAGCACUGGAAUGUGUGCUUGUUUUGACGACUGUGGAGUUUGUAAGUCAGGGGGGGAGAGGGACGGGUCAAAGGGGGAAAUGUCCGGGAACUAUGAACUAUCAAAGGACCAAACAAAAUUGGAUCAUAGUAGAAGUGCUACGUCUGUUCUUCCGUUCCUCCAGUGAAAAUUUCCCGGCCCAUCUUGCAACCAUUCCCCCGUUACGUCUUCUCUUCCAGUGCUGAGGUGAAUUAAUGUUAGAAAGAGUAAAAUUGUCUGGUGUUAGACAGAGUAAAAUAAUCUGGCAUUAGACAGUAAAAUUAUAAAGUAGGGCGCAUUGCGGUGGGGCGUAAUGCGACUCAAUGGGUUAAUCACAUGAUACAGGUGGGAAAUUUGAAAUGCUUCAGAACCAUUCUCAUAACUGCAUCAUCUGCUUCAUAAAGCUAAGUGCUAAGUGCAACUUGCUACACCAACAACCCCAAUCUUCUACAUAAUGUCGUAGUAGUCGUACUAGUUUCCAUAAGUUCGAUUUUGUUUUUUAGGUCUUCUUGGCCUGUGCUGCCCGUGCAUUCUUCUAUGCACCGUGAGUAGUAAUGCUGGCGAGUGUUGUUGUGUCGCAGCCUUGUGUCCAAUUGCCCUGAGAACCAAGAUCAGGACAAGACAUAACAUUGCGGUAAGUGAUGGCUCUUUCUCGUCUCUAGCAAUCUCGUACCCUCAGGUGCUUUGAAUUGCUAUGUGUUGCGUCACACCAACAACGGCGUGGCACGCUAAAGCACCUGGGUAUAUGAGGCUGAGUCCUCUAGACAGAGCAGUUUCGAACUGAUAUAGCUAUGUAGUAUAAAUAAAACUGGUUUAGGUCUCCACCUGUAGUCUGGUUACAUUUAAACCAGUAAGAGAGAUGGGCCGUUCUAGUGCUCUAGGGACAACGGUUUAGAUCCAGUAUAAAUAUAGUUAGUUAAUUAUUUCAUUGUUUAUUACGACAGGGAAGUAUUGUGGAUGACUAUUAUGCACUGCAAUGCUGUGGGAUCUGUGCAAUGUGUCAAAUGGCAAGAGAACUCAACCUCCAUGGAAUUUAACCAUCAAAUAUAAACGACAAACUUUUUAUCUUUUAAAAUUUUUUGUAAUGGAACAUUAAGUAUUUUUUAGAAUCCAAAAUGGUAAUGUUGAUAAUUUGUUGUUCCCAUAUCAAAUGGUAAAACCAAUAAACAAAUAUGUAUCGGUCGAAUUUAUUUGCCAGAGACUUGUUGUUUUGUUUCUCUGUAUUCAAGCAACUUUUCAGAAGCUUUGCAGAACACCGU